UGCUGAGGCCGUGGGUACCACUUUAAUAAAGAGACGGGAUGCAGACCACGCCCUUCCGCGGUCCAUCCAUAGAGGGCGCUGUGGCGACCGAGGCAGGCCGAUAAACAGCAGCUUUACCUCACUGCCCUUCCAGCAGCAUCUCACCUUCAGCCGGCCAGACGCGCAUCCACCAGAAACGGAAAAAGACGAGAGAGAGACGCGGACAGCGGCAGAAAAAGUGAAACGACGGAAGGCGAUCGACACCGGAGGAGAUUAUCUCAAUGAUGUAGGGGUUCGUUUUGCGGUUUUGACGUCUAACCUAGCCGGUCCGCCUCACUGCGACACGGAAACACCGUCCAGCUGCGCAUAAAUACAACGCAUCUUCUCCCAGUUUGUCAGGAUAAAACCGCCCUCCACCUCUCCACCGCCCCCACAGCCCUCUAAAUUAAGAAGAGGAAGAAGAAAAAAAAGGGACCAAGUCUUUGCGCAUCCCUCCUCGCUUUUUAUUUCUCAGUCAGAUCAGGCCUCGAUCAGCGCCCGACCGCCUCCAGCCUCAGCAGCAUCUUCCCCUCUCCUCGGAAAGCGGCAGCAUCCCCCCUUGAAUCUGCGCAAUGGCCGAUAUCCCAGCGGAGUGCAACAUCAAAGUGCUGUGUCGCUUUCGUCCCCUCAACCAGUCGGAGAUUGUGCGCGGGGACCAGUUUCUGCCCAAAUUCCAAGGAGACGACACUGUCGUGGUCGGGGGGAGGUCCUACGUGUUUGACCGGGUGUUUCCAACCAACACAACCCAGGAGCAGGUUUACAACACCUGCGCCAAGCAAAUUGUCAAAGAUGUGCUCGGUGGAUACAAUGGCACUAUCUUCGCAUACGGACAAACCUCCUCCGGGAAGACUCACACCAUGGAGGGCAAGCUGCACGACCCUCACCAGAUGGGUAUCAUCCCUCGCAUCGCUGAGGACAUUUUCAACCACAUCUUCGCCAUGGAUGAAAACCUUGAAUUCCACAUUAAGGUUUCCUACUUUGAAAUCUACAUGGACAAAAUCCGUGAUCUUCUGGAUGUGACAAAGACCAACCUGGCUGUCCACGAGGAUAAGAACAGGGUGCCAUAUGUCAAGGGAUGCACCGAGCGCUUUGUCUCCAGCCCUGAUGAAGUAAUGGACGUGAUCGAUGAAGGCAAAUCCAACCGCCACGUCGCUGUGACCAACAUGAACGAGCACAGCUCUCGCAGUCACAGCAUCUUCCUGAUCAACAUCAAACAGGAGCACGUGGAGACCGAGCAGAAGCUCUGUGGAAAACUCUACCUGGUGGAUCUGGCCGGCAGCGAGAAGGUCAGUAAGACCGGAGCUGCAGGCGCUGUCCUGGACGAGGCUAAAAACAUCAACAAGUCUCUCUCUGCGCUGGGAAACGUCAUCUCUGCCUUGGCUGAGGGCACGAAAUCCCAUGUGCCGUACCGUGACAGCAAAAUGACCCGCAUCCUGCAGGACUCCCUUGGUGGAAACUGUCGCACCACCAUGUUCAUCUGCUGCUCUCCCUCCAGCUAUAACGAUGCAGAGACCAAGUCAACUCUGAUGUUCGGACAACGUGCCAAGACCAUCAGGAACACCGCCUCCAUCAACCUGGAGCUGACGGCCGAGCAGUGGAAGAGGAAGUACGAGAAGGAGAAGGAGAAGAACAAGACCCUGAAGGACACCAUUCAGAAGCUGGAGGCUGAGCUCAACCGCUGGAGAAAUGGUGAGAUGAAACGUUUCCUAACUGGCUGGCGACACUCAUACGCUGACAUUAUAAACAUUCUAACCGCUAUUUUGCGUCCAUCCGUCCCCUCAGGAGAAAACGUGCCUGAGACGGAGCGCACCACGUCCGACAUGGUGAUCCGCUACGAAUCCGUCGAGGAGCGUCCCGUUUUGGACAACGACACCUCUUCCAUUGUGGUCCGCAUCUCCGAGGAGGAGAGGCAGAAGUACGAGGAGGAGAUCCGCAAGCUGUAUAAGCAACUGGACGACAAGGAUGAUGAGAUUAACCUGCAGUGCCAGCUGGUGGAGAAACUGAAGCAGCAGAUGCUGGACCAAGAUGAGCUCCUGGCCUCUUCUAGGGGUGACGGGGACAAGGUCCAGGCUGAACUCGGCAGGCUCCAGGUCGAGAGCGACUGCGCCAAGGCCGAGGUGAAGGAGGUGCUGCAGGCUCUGGAGGAACUGGCCAUUAACUACGACCAGAAGAGCCAGGAAGUGGAGGAGAAGGGUCUGCAGAACCAGCUGCUGGCCGACCAACUCUCCCAGAAAAUGGCCAGCCUGAUGGAGCUGGAGGCUGAGCUGUCACGCAUGCAGGAGGUGAGCGGUCAGCAGAGGAAGCGCAUCGCUGACGUCCUCAAUGGGCUGAUGAGGGACCUCAGCGAGUUCAGCACCAUCGUGGGCAAUGGCGAGAUAAAGCUGCCGGUGGAGAUCAGCGGCGCCAUCGAGGAGGAGUUCACUGUGGCUCGCCUCUACAUCAGCAAGAUCAAGUCGGAGGUGAAGAGCAUGGUGAAGCGCUGCCGCCAGCUGGAGAACAUGCAGCUGGAGUGCCACCGUAAGAUGGAGGAGACCGGGAGGGAGCUCUCCUCCUGCCAGCUUCUCAUCUCUCAGCAUGAGGCUAAGAUCCGCUCUCUGACCGAGUACAUGCAGAGCGUGGAGCAGAAGAAGAGGCUGCUGGAGGAGAGCCACGACUCCCUGAGCGAAGAGCUGGCCAAGCUGCAAGAUCAGGAUAAUUCCCUGAUGGAGGAGAAGGAGGGAGAGAAGGGCGAGACUGAGGAUGGAAAUAAGAAAUCUCUUCGUCAGCAGGACAAUCACCGCGGCCUCCAUCACAAGCAGCUGGCCCGUCUCCGGGAUGAGAUCAACGAGAAGCAGAGGAUCAUUGAUGAACUCACUGAUCGUAACUCUAAGCUGGAGCUGGAGCUGGCCCAGGUUCGUGCUGACUUUGAGCGUCUGAAGAGUCAGGACAGCACCAAGAGCGAGCGCCUGGAGGAGCUCUCAUUCCUGCAUGAGCGCCACGAGCAGACUAAACAGGACUUGAAGGGUCUGGAGGAGACUGUCGCCCGCGAACUCCAGACCCUCCACAACCUGCGCAAGCUGUUCGUUCAAGACCUCACGUCGCGGGUUAAAAAAAGUUCCGAAAUGGAACCUGAUGAUAGCGGGGGGUCUUGCACCCAGAAGCAGAAGAUUUCCUUUCUUGAGAAUAACUUGGACCAACUUACAAAGGUUCACAAACAGCUGGUUCGUGACAAUGCAGAUCUGCGUUGUGAGCUUCCAAAGUUGGAGAAACGUCUUAGGACUACUGCUGAGAGAGUUAAGGCCUUGGAGACUGCACUGAGGGAUGCCAAGGAAGGCGCCAUGAUGGACCGCCGCCGCUACCAGCAGGAGGUCGACCGCAUCAAAGAGGCCAUGAGGGCAAAGAACGCCUUAAGGCGCCCCCACGCGGCACAGAUCGCCAAGCCAGUGAGACCAAAACAGCUGCCUGCCUGCUCCCCUACCAACCCAUUCUACCCCUACAUCCGAGCCAUCGAGAACGGCGCCUUCAGCAACGCCCUCUUCCAGAGCAACGUGACACAGCAGAGCACCUCCAGCGCAAACUCCAACCCCAACUCUGUCCAGAGCAACACAGUUUCAACAGCACUGGGCUACAGAGCAGGGAGAUAUAACGGAGACAUACUGGAGUCCUACCCACUGAACAUUGACAACGGUAUCAGAACAAGGACACCUACCUGCAUGCACACUAAUAGUCAUUCGAGUAACAGCAUCAGUGAAACCAGAGACAUUAAUGAUAACAGGAGCGAAGUUCACUGUGGCGGCGAGGUGGACGAUUCAAACAGGCACUACAUCGUUCAGCAGGAGACUGCUGCAAGUUAAUGCCAUGACGAUGACCAAACACUGUACCCAUUCAAGGACCCUCUCCUCCCUCAUUUGCAUGCAGCCUAUCUCCCCAUCCCUCCACCGCAUCACAGACGAAGAUGAUGACGGAGAUCCGUCGCCCCGUAGUCUUCUAAUUAGAUGAAGCCUCCUCUCCUCCCGCUCCAAUGGUGACCACUCUCGCCCUCAGGUUUGUGGUCCAGUCCCUUCCGGUUCAGUCAAGUAAAUGAUAUCAGAUGUUUUUUUUUUGUUUGUUUUUUAAAUUACAAAACUAACCACUAAAUUAAACCACUGACUCUUCCACCAAUCAAGUUGUUGCCACAUAUCACUGAUGUUGAGCACGUCCCUAAGUGGCUGAACUGGAACCAGACUGACCCCACAUCCCUGAUCGCUUCGUACACACAUGUUGUAAAUAAUAGUGCUGUAUACUCCAGUAGAGGUUUUUGACCAGCAACUGUUUGUGUGAAUGCACAGCCUCCCCCCUCCCUUGCACACAUAUUCUUAAGGAUAUCACGUGGGUGACAUACAGUAGGCAGAAAUGACCUUUUUCUAUGUCAUAAAUAAGAGUGCAGUGUGUAACACCAGCUUGUAACAGAAGAACCCACACUUCGACUGCAUGUCGCUUUAGCGGGUUAGCUUUCAAAUGUUUGCAUGUGUCAUGAUUCCGGUCAGGAGCUGGUAUGCUGCGAGUGAAGUGUGACCGACUUCGACAGAUGUCAGAGAGCGAGAUACAGAGAGAGACCUGGCUUCCCGUAAUCCUGAUGCUGGUCUCAGCGUUUCAGAUUUUCUAUUUUAAAGUAAAUUUGAGUCCAAGAAUUUGCAUCGUUCGGAUUUAAACAGAUAAAAAGCAACAUCUGGAUCUCAAUUUAAUUUGAUAGAACGGGUGAAAUAAAAAAUGAGAGGGAAAUCCACUCCAGGCUAGCGACCUAUAUAUAUAGAGGAAACCUUUUGUAUUUGCUUUGAUACCUGUGAUGUUGCUGCUGUAUGAUGCCGUUGUACAUUUUAGGUAAUGCUGCCCACAUCCGUUUAAUGUGACCCUUUCCCCGCAUCGUUAGUCUUCUUACCGAGCCUUAAGUAGGAUUGAUUUCUCACAAUCAAACUAUCACAUCUGCAUACAUUUGUAAUUGCUACCUCUAGAGCUGCUUAUUAUAUAUACAUAUAUAAAUAUGCUUAUUACAGAUAAGAUAUCAUCCAUUCAAGAUCUUAGAGUUUCUACUUUCUAGAGAGUUGCAACGUUAGAACAUCAAUACUUGUAGAGUAGAUUUAACUGUAGUUAACUUCUCCAGUAUCACUCACAGAUGUGUUCCUUCUCCACCAGAUCACAGCGAUCAAAGCAGAAAUGUCGACCAAAAUUAUAAUGAUGUCACAUAUCUCCUAAUUUUGAAUAUAUAUAUAUAUAUUUGGAUUUAAGACGGAAGUGAAGGCAAAUGCCAGGAGAUUUUUGUAGGACAGAAUAGAUGCUAAUGUAGUGGUUCAAGCUGAGCAGCCACCAGUCUGACACGCUUCGACAGGAAACUUGCGGCUCAGGUUAAGCUGUUAUUCUUCUGGGAAAAAUCCUGACCAGCCAAUCAGGAUAGAAGGAAGCAGCGAGUCUGAGCUGGAGCUGGGAUGAAUCACAGAACUGAAAGAGGAGAUUAAAGCAAAAACUCCAUUCGCUUCAUUUUCGUGUUUCACGCUUUCAUCGUGAACAUUUUCCAAAAAAGUGGAUCCGUUCAGACUAUGAGGAUAACGUUAACAUUUUAUUUAUUUAUUUAUUCCAAAAUAUAUAUUUACGUAGACGUUAUGUGCGUUGUGUUAAUUUGUGUUGCUUACCUGGACUCGUCCCCCUGUGUAAAUUUCCCCCCUAACCGGGAGUGUGUAAAAGGGAAUAAUCCUCCUCAUUCGUGUGAGCACCACUCAGCCUGAUGCUCUUACCGGCAUUAACAACAUCUCAGGGCUUCACAUUCACAAUCAUAGCAACCACGGCCCCCCCAACCAUUGUCUUCCUCCUAGACUUAAAGCUAUGUGAUAUCCGACGAACAAUCAAGCGCGUCUGUGUGUCGUCUUCAAGGCCGAGCAGAGGAACGGGAUGGCAAAUAUAAUAAAACAGAAAAGAAAAAAAAACUUGUACAUAUAAAACAUCACAUGGCAUUUGAAAAGAAAUAAUCUCUUACCUGCAUCUGGUCAAACCCUACUGUACGUACCCAAACCGACCCCUCUACUUGACAUCAUAUUUUAAGUGUAAUAUACCUGAAUUUCGGAGGGGGGAGUGUGUAUUAUAUUGUCACCUGCUGUUACACCGUUGGAUUUUAACAUAUCUAAAAUACAUGUGCGAUAUAUUGUUAAUCUUGUAAGUAAAAUAGCGUGCAUUGACAUAGUAAGAUGCAAACAGAAAAGGUGCACGCCGACUUUGUUCAGAGUUUGUUUUAUUUAUUUUCCGUAUGCCUAUACCGUAGUGUCGACAUGAUUACGUGAAGAAAUCACCGUGCAGAAUUUCUGUAUAUAUAGACCCAUCGCUAUGCUGUAUCGUAUGUGAACCACUGUGUUGUAGUAAAAAGUUCAAUAAACUUGUAGAAAGGA